AGGUCCUCAAGGUCUUUUGUGUUGCCAAUGUGUGACAGUGCUAAAUGAUACUCAUGCAGUUUAUUCGUCAAUAUAUUACGUUGUUUCAUCUUCAAAUAUGAAAGUGAAGAGAUCUAAGGCAUCGGACUUAGCUGAAUCACUCAAGCACCUUAAAAUCGAUCGCCGUUUUCGUCCCCAACUGAAGGGGUCUACACUCCACACACUUGCUUCUCUUAAUGAAGUAUCUUCGGGCUGUAGAUAUAAUUUUCGAAAGACACGGUCUGCUUCGUCAGCAACGGUUGUAAGUUACGGUUUUCGGUGUUGCAAAGCAUGUGAAUAUUGUCGAGCUAUCAGAAAAGCUGGUACUGAAGGUGAAGUGAUAGAUAACAAUUCAAAUCAGGCGAGUACUUUGUAUCCAUGUUUGUCAGUAGAACAUUCAAAUACAUCUGCAGACUGUUCUGAAGACACAGGAUCUUUCUUAGAACCGCCUACUUCAUCUACCAGAAGACCAUCUGGCUACCUCUGUACAACACUCCCGCCCAAACCCUGCCAUUCUAACUAUAGAACCGUAGCAUAUGACCUGCGCCCUUUGCAUGUUUCCUCCUUCUUCGAACCCACCCAUUUACGUCGAUCUUAUGGCAAUGAGUUGAGUGAACUUGAACAAGACCAUAGUUCGAUCACUCAAAGUCCUUACAACACAACCAGCACAGAUCACGGUGAUCACCCUUUAUGCUGCUGUCAUGUCAUUGGGUUUCAUUUACCUCAUCACUUACGUCUAUAUCGUCGACUGUACAGUCUUGUUGACCACCCUUGUACACACUACAGUACCCAGUGGCUGUUCCACGGGAGCAACUACUUCCUUCCGUCGUUCUUUAUCAUCAAGGCAUCGUCAUACCAUUACUCCAGUUUCAGUCCAUCGAUUUAGCAUCGAUUCACGGACCGCAUCAUGUUCUAAAUCUUUAGAUACUGAGUGCGAUUCGGGACUGACAGAUAUAUCUCCUGGAUCCAACUAUUGUAGUAUUCAUCAGCAUACGGCAGUGCAAUCGUGUUUACAACAAAGUGCAGCUAAAUACAAAAGUCAGCUCACUGAAAAUCGUCUUGUUGGAACCCAGCGUUGUCGUAGAAAUUCGGAUCCAGAAAGUUGGCAGCAGUUUCGUAAUUUACAAUUCUUUGGACCUUCUCUAUCUAGUGAUAUGAACGAGAAUUUUGAUUUGAAUGUCUCUUACGACGGUGAAUUUAACCGGACAGAAGAACUACCAAAUAACUCACAGACUGAUCAAACAGAUGUAUCCAUUCGGUUUAGUACAUUUAGGAACCGAGAGGUGAAAACUUUAGGGUAAGUUUAAAUAUUUCAGAUAUUAUUUAUAAUUGUUUUUCUGUGUUUAAGUAUUUUUCAAGCAUUUUGUGAAUGGUAUUUCACUAGGAUAGUAACAUCUUGUGAAUUAAUGAGAAGUUUCAUAAGUCUGGAGUUAAUAAUAUAGAAUGUUUCAGCCAAUUUUCCUCAAAAAAUCAACCUUUAUGGGACAGACAACUUUAGUUAUACUUGUAAUCGCUCGUUUCGUUUAUCGUAUUUGAGUAUAGUAUACAUCAUGGGUUGACUUUAGCUGGAUAUAUUCUUAAAUGCUAUGGAACACUAAGUAUAUGUUUCGCUUAACAUGGGACUUCACGAUUCCCCCGAGAAUUAAACUCAGGAUCCUUAAGUUUCGUUUUAAGCACGUUGCUUCUAGAUCAUUCAGUCAGGAGUCAGUGCUUCAUAUUUCCAACCUUAUUUGAUUGGUGAUAUUGUACAACCAGUAUUACGACUUUUCCUAGUGUUCCAUAGUUUUCAUUAUCCAUUUAGCCAAAAUCAGUCCGUAAUGUAAACAAUCUUCAUAUUGAAAAAAUGUUCACGUACUUCAUGUUAAUAGUAUCCCCGUUUUCUUGUUAGUAAAGCUUCCAAUUAUUAAAGUGUUUGGAAACCGAGGUUUAUUAUACAUUCAUACACUUUGAACAUCACAAAAGUCCCUUUUCAUCUUUAUUUCUCUUGAUCCUCAUUAUACUUAUUGACUAUAGAGGAUAUUUGCAACUCAGGUAGAUGAUUUCGUUAUUAUGUUCUCAAACUAGAUGGCUUAAUUGAAAUUUCAUUGUACUUCUCAAAAACACGAGGACUCUACCUCAGUUUUCAUUUCUUUCCAAGAUCAUCAGAACUAGCUAACUUAACACUUGGAGUAACUAAAAAGCUCACUUCUACACAAAAUAAGCGUUGACAGUAUCCAGUACGGUAAUGAAAACUAUCUAGUUUCGAGAACAAAGCAACCUUUCAUUGAUAUCAUUACUUCUUAAGUUGAAGAACCUGAAAAGUUCCAGCUGUAUUUCUAGGACCAAGCUAUCAACUGUUUGUUAGUCUUCAUCAUCCAGAUGUAUUAAAUCAGAUGGGAAUCCUCUAACUGGAACCCAAAAAUUGUGAAACACGAUGACACCUGCUUUUAGUACGCGCUCAUACUACAAUGUAGUUUAGAUGAGAUCAGAGGUGAUUUUUGUCAAAUUCGUCAGUCAUUUCAAAAGACUCACCAUACAGAUGGGGACAUUAGUUAACGAGUUAAAGAGACAGUCAAAGAGCGUAAUUAAAACAAUGAUUGUUGUGACGGUCAAUGUCCGAAAUCUGGUACUCAUACACGAUGUGCUACGCGUUAAAUCCCCCAGCUGACUACUUGAUCGAGAAAGUAUAUUGGGUUACCGAAUAAAAUGCACAAAUAUGUACAUAUGUAUACACAUAAUUCUACCCCUUAGGAAGUUAACCCAUUUCUUAAUCAGUGAAAUACACUUGUUCUUCAGGUCACUUCUGUUUUCCAUCGACUGACCCUCUCAUUAGAUUACUUUCGAUUGGCCCAUUAUAUCGAUUAUCUUAAAGGUAACCCUUUGGAUCCUGUUUUGAUAAAGUGAUAAUAGUGAUCUACGAUUUUGGUCCAGAGACCGAUACGUUUCCCGAUAACAGUUAUUACAAACAUGAAGAGGAGGUGGCUAAAGACAUCAUUCCAUUAAUGAACAUAAGUUACAAUCCCUUUAGUCAUCUUUUUAAGAAAACUGGAUAGAUAAUUGAACAUACAGUGGUUUGUUUUCAUAUAUAUCUGCAGUUAGAUAAUUACAACCAGCAGAAAUCUGAGAAGGCUCUCCUUGUUCAGUAAGAGGACUAGAUCUUGAGGUACAGGAUUGUCUGGAUAACUAAUAAAGCAUGAAAGUGACUGCUGUUUUGAUAUAGCUUGGUAAAGUAUAGUCUUUUAUCUGGAACUUAGUGAAUAAAAUAAAUAAAAAUCCUUCUGCUAAAAGUUGCUGAUAGUCAGUGCAUUUCUGAAACCACGUGGAUGUAUAGACCAGAUAUAAAUAUGUUUUUCGACGUCUAGCUAUAGUUGUAUUCCUUGGUCUUAGGGCAACGUUCGAAUCUGUUGGUCGUGAUGUUUUGUGGCAGCGUCAGUCAUCAAAUGGCGUACCAAAGAAGUACAUCAAGUUUGUAAAGCUUCUCUACUCGAACACUGCCAGUCGAGUCCGAGCUAAUGGCGAACUGUUAUCGAAAUCGGUUACUUCAAGUGGUGUUUGUAAAGGUGGUUUGUUUUCCCCAUUUUUAUUUGAUUUCGUCGUAGACAUACUUUGAGAGAUAACACUUUCAUCGUCUCGCUUUCCAGGGGUUGAUCUUGGAAUAUGCAGAUGACAUAGUUCUAUUUAAUGAAGACGCUGACAAAAUGAGGAGUCGUCUGACUACCUUAAGCAACAAUGCAAUAGUGUUUAGGAUGAAGUUCUCUCUCCAAAUGUGGAAUGUUACUUCAUGAUUGACUUGCGUCAUCGCCUGCAUUAAUGAUAGGGACUGCUCCAUUACCUUGCAAGUUUCAUCAUUCCUGAUGGUCUGAUGUCUGACGAAAUCCCGGCACGGAUUCAGAAGGCUCGAUUGGCCUUAGCUAACUUCCGUCACUUGCAGUGUAGGUGCGACAUCCGUCUUCUAACUAAAAGACUAGUUAACUAUACAGCAGUUCGGUAUGUUCGACUUUAUGAAUGUGGAACAUGACCAUUAAGAACAAAGGAUAUUCGUAGAUUACUAGUAUUCGAUCAUAAGUGUCUUCGAAGUAUUGCUCAUGCAUUUAGGGACCAUUGAGUAACCAAAACCUGGGUUAGGAAUAGGAUAUUGGGAUGAGAAUGGGGAACCGAUUGAUGAGGUAGUGAAUCUUCAUCAACCGAGGUGGUUGGGAUGUGUUGCGUAUGCACAGCCGCCUCGACGGGCGAUGUUGUGUGGUGCAGGAGUAGACUGGAAGAAAUUUAAAGGCGACCGAACCAAAGCAUGGCGUCGGUCCAUGAAGUCGUUGACACUCGGAUUAAGCCAUCUUGACAGGUGUAGACUACCUGGUUGGUGUCCGUGUGGUUAUCAUAACCAGUGAUUAAGCACUUUGAAUGGCAUGGCUCAAAGUCACAGGUGCAUCCAUUCUUUAUCUUUCCCUAACUUUUGAGAGUCUAAAUACUUCACACUUAAUUUUUAUUUUCUUAUUUUACUAUUUUAUAAUUUAUCGAAUCGUAUCUUCGAUGCCUAAUCUUUCCUAUUACCACUAAUAAUGUGACUACCUCUAUUAUUCUGGUAUUUAGCCUGAUGCUUUCAUGUCUUUGUGCUAAUGGACCGAUGUGCAUACGUACCAGGUUUUAGGUUACAACUGACUAACUGACUGUAACCAUCCGAACUCUUUUAUGUCCGACCAUUCCAUGUUGGCUGUUUAGCGAGGAACAAAACUAUAAGUUUCAAUUGCUAAAACAUCCCGACUGUACGGGAGUGUGAUAGUGCCAAGGCGUUUUCCUCACACGACCAUCUCUAACAAUUCUGCCUUCCUACAUCGGAAGAACUGGGCUAAGAAAAGUUUUCUGCUCCGAGUAUAUCCGGCAUCGGCUGUAAGGCCCGGAAAGAUGGAGUUGAUGCGGCAAGUGGCCGUGUGUGAUUGACACCAAGUAGUUGUCUCUUGGUUGUUCUGUAUACUCUCCAAAGGUCUACUAAUGACUCAAUUUCACCUACAGGUAUCUCAUAAAGCGAUAUCCUUUCAUGCUCUGGACAACUGGAAAGUGAAAAACCCCCAGAUACCUCUUACUGCUAAUAUAUAGUAGAUGAUUUUGUUGAGUUUUGACUUAAGCUGAAUAAAUAGUAUAAAUUAUUGAUUCUUUAAGUGCUUAUUUUAUUUAUUCAGAUCUAACUUACAGUUUCAUGGAGCUGAUCAUCAAUAUGACGCCAAACUUUGUAAUUCAGUUGUGGAUAGUAAUGGCGAUAGGAAUAAUAUUGAUUAUGAGUAUGCUUUGCCUGAUAGUAAUACCCAAUUUGCACGGCCGAUUGUUGCAAAAACCACAACUAAUUUCCCUGCAUUUAAUAUUUCGAAUUCUGUUUUCAUUCCAUUGGCUAAUGAAAAUUCUAAUUUUUGUCAAAUGAAAUUUUCACAAAGUACUGACACUUUGCCACAGUCUAAAAAUUCAAUUGUUUCAUAUGAGUCUACUUUGAAUUCAAGUUCACAACAACAACAACAAUUUCACUUUCGGCCUUCACUUUUAUUAUCAGCUGAACGUUCUGAACCGCCUAUAUCAUCAAUCAUGUAUACAUCAGAUACUUGCUUCUCAUUGCGUUCUAACAAAUCGAAUACUGUGAAUUCUUCAGAUAUAUCACUAUGCAGGACACAGACAGAAAUGGACAAUCAAUCUGGAUUAGCUUGUCAACCGUUAGUUUGGACUGACUUAAGUGGUGACGGUGGUGCUAAUACUUCACUGAAACAACCUUUUAUGGAAUCCGAUGUGAAAGUGAAGGAAAGUACUGUCCAGUGUUCAAAUGAAGCAAAUUAUUUAAACAUUGCUGAUAUGAGUCAUCAUGUCAAUAGUAAUAAUAAGCCUCAAUUAGUUUCAGAUGUAUCAGUAAAUGAAUUAGCUUCGUACAUGGAACAUAUGGUUCAUAUUCCGGGCCGAAUGUCUGAAAUGGCUCAAAGAAUGUAUCUUUAGCUGUAGUAUUGGUUAACUUACCUCAAGAUUAACGUCAGUUUUCAUGUACUAAGAUGCCUUGGAAGACAACUUUUCUUCAGCUUUCGUACAUAAAUAUUUUUAAGUGGAAUGUAUUGGUUCUCUAAACAGAGUUUGUUGUUUACAAUUUCCUCAUAAUUGUAUUGUGAUAUGUUAUAUUUGUUUAUUAUUUCUGUCUAUCUAAUUAUUGUCAUUUCAGUGAAAAAUACAUUUCGAUUUCAUUUUCUUUUAAAAACUGUGAUGAUAAUCUCCGAGUGAGGUGGUAUACAUAUAGCCACCAUAAAUGUUCUGUAAUAUCUCACAUGAAUAAUUGUAUAAAGAUUAACUGUAAUCCAAUGAUCAUUAUAAACGUUAUCUGUGUUCAUAAAAUUCCAUUGGUUCUCAGAUUUCCUCACUAUGUUUCCAACUGUACGUGUUUCUUCUGUCAAUCUGCCCUUCCUCUCUUCAUAACACAUUUCUUUUUUGAGAAUACAUGUUUUUUUUCUCAGUAGUGACGUCUAAUCUGUAUUAUUUAUUUCGAGGUUAACAAUACACAAAAUAGCUUAUCAUCAUUUUGAAUAAAUGGUAUAAUAUUUUCGCAUCACGCUUUACUGUUUACUUUUAUCAUUAUUGACUUUCAAGAUGAGUCGUUAUUCUUUCGUCGUCUCUCUCUUUCUGUAUUCUAAUCACUUUCGUCUCUGUUGUUCUGAUUAAAGUGGUGAUAAUUGGUGUAAGCGCAUUUAAUUGUUUAGUUUGCGUAAUUUUCUCUUAGUCCUACUAAUUUUCCGCAUCCGAUUUAUGUCACAUGCUCAGCUUUUUAUCCGUUUUAUUACUAGAUACGUGUAGAAAUUUAUCUAUCUAUUUUUCUUGAUAAAUGUAAGCGGUUUACAAUAAAUAAACAAACAUAAAGGCACAUGGAAUCACUAUUUACUUGCUAUAAGUAGUAAGCACUAUGAAAAUGACUAUGACGAGUUACUAAGGUAAUUCUUCUCCUUGUUAAUGGUCCCUGUUAUUUUAACCUUGUUUGGAAAUUUAUUUUAUCUUUUCUUAUACAUUGUAACAUUAGGUGAGAUCAGUUUAAAUGAAAAAAGAUAAAGAUUGAUAAUAACAAAUAAUAGUUAACUACUUCCGCCUCAUCAUAAUUUAGCAACGUUAAGCAUUUCUUAGUAUGUUUAUUUGUCUUUACAACUUCUUUGUUUCUUUUCCUUAUGUUGAUGUCUGUUUCAUGGACAGGUUUCCGCUACUUAUAUAUAGUUAUUUUUUUCUAAUAUCUAUACUAAAUUGAGUAAUCAUAUUUAAGAGUAAUAAGAAUGGAAUAAAAUAUAUAUUUAUAUGUAUA